ACAGAGUCAGAGAGUCAGUGGAAGUGCAGCAGCCACUUCUCUCCAGAGCGGGAUCUCACUCGCAUCAGCAUCCUCACUGCAGGUUCGCAGCUUAGAAACGCGCCAGGAUGUUCUACUUUCACUGUCCGCCUCAGCUGGAUGGAGAGUGCUGUCGCUCCAACACUUUGAAUUCAAGCGGUUUUGGCAACCACGCCCCGGCUGAUUUUGAUGACGGAUUUCUACGUAGGAAACAGCGCAGAAACAGAACAACUUUCACUUUGCAACAGCUGGAGGCUUUGGAGGCUGUCUUCGCUCAGACUCACUAUCCGGACGUGUUCACCCGGGAGGAGCUGGCCAUGAAGAUCAACCUGACCGAGGCCAGGGUGCAGGUUUGGUUUCAGAACCGCAGAGCAAAGUGGAGGAAGACGGAGCGAGGCAGCUCAGACCCUGAAGGAGGCAAAGAGCAGAUGAGUGAGGGCACUCCUCCAUCUCGCAGCCUCAACUCUCAGUCCCCAGUGGACCACAGCAGAAAACAGAAAGAACCACUGGAGAUGCAGCAGAGUAUUAACAGGACGGUGGGUCCCGGUGGUCCGUUCUUCCCAUCUUGCAUACCAGGUACACUCCUCAACUCCGCCACCUACGCUCAGGCCCUCUCACAGGUCGCCACUCUGAAAGGUAAUGGUUUGUGCUCCUGCUGCGUUUCUGACCCCAUGGGCUUGUCCUUCCUGCCGCCCUACGGUUGUCAGGGCAACCGCACAGCCAGCGUGGCAGCCCUGCGCAUGAAGGCCCGCGAGCACUCGGAGGCUGUGUUGCAGUCUGCCAACCUGCUCGGCACAGCAGCCGGGCCCGGCGCCGGCGUGGGAGUCCUGUCUGGAGUCGGCGUGGCGAGGCCCACGAUGGGUCCUACCAUCGACAUGCCCGGCGCUGUGGGAAGAGGGGGAGACAGCUCGAGUCCCAGCCCGGCAACCAAGGUCUCGGUGCUGGGCAGCAACCCUGAUAAACACCCUCCCUGCUCCAAGGAGCCGCUGGAGAAAAAGUGAGACGCUGGACACAAAGCCAACGUGGAUGUACUGAUACUCAAAAUCUGUGUGAUCGUGCCUGUUAUUACUACUCUACUCUACUCUGGUCCUAUGAGCAACUAAGCACAACUAUUGACUGACUACAGAAGCAGCCUGGGAAAGACUUUGCUGAUAUCACAAUGUAUGGAUGCAAAGAUUAAAAUAUUUAUUUGACAGUAAAUUAUCAUUGUUUGUAAGAAAUGCUGAAUAUGUGGGGCCUUGUUAUCCCUAUAAAAGCACAAGUGUGAUUUUGGAUCUUUAUCUGUCUUCAUGCACUCUUGGACUCUAUUUGAUGGACUAACGCAGAUACAACCUGCGUGUGUGAAACAGAGACUUAAUACCUAUUUGAUAAUGUGAAUUUAAGUAAUCUUUAGUUUUCAUAAAGAGGACAGAUGCUUACAUUGUGAAUGUUAAUGCAUGUAAACUGUAAGUGUAGAACUGAUGGCAGGACAGCGAGGAUUUUGGCAAUAUAGUGUUGAUGCCAUCAGCUCAGUCAUGGGCUCAAACAAUCAUCUCUCAUUGUUUUGUUUUGUUUUAUUUUAAAGUGAAAGUGCACUUUAAUAUUAAUCAGCCAUUUUCAGUGUAAAUGUGUACAUGUGCCAGAGUACAGUAUGUUGCUGUGUGAACCCCAGGCAGGUUGAAGCAGAGUGGGUGACAGAGCGGCGGUGUCCCUUCCACUCUGUUAGCACAUCUGUAGCGCCAGCAGACAGGGAACACACCAGUCCUGUUGUGACAUGUUCUUUAAAACAAUUAAAGAUGUAGUCGCUCAUGUUCCUCUCCUGUUGCCUCUCGCUCCAGCCAUCUGUUCUGAUACAUUAUUUAUCAGCUUCCCUUAAAGCCGAGAGAGGAGAGCAAUUGUGACUCUUAUUAUUUAUUUACUUUUACGAACGCUCACUCUCUUCUUCUCUUCUUCU